AUUUGCCUCAAUAUUGGAACGUCCAUGCAGGGAGGACCGCAGCCUUGGGGCCUUCUUUAGCAGGGCAUCCUAAGCAAAAGAGAACAUCUUCACAGCUGUCCAGGCUUGAUUCAUCUGUAUCCGAGAGUUCUGACACUACACCAACAACCGGGCGAGGCAGCAUGCCAACACUUAUGGAACAACAGUCUUUUGAUGAAGGUGGCACCAGACUCGAGGAUACACCAUCAGCUUAUUUUGAGCUGGAGCUCACAGAAGGUCUCCGAGAUCCGAUUGUGAAGGCAGCAGGAGCUUCUGGACCGUCGGAUGGAGGAACCCCUGUUCGUCAAAAAGGAUUCUGGAGACGUCAGUGGAGGCAAUUUGUAGAUGAGAUGUACGAGAAUUAUGCUAUAAUCCGUGACAAGUCUGGGCGUGAAACACCAGGAUUUUUUGCGCAGCUGCUGCUGGUCAUGCGAAGGUGUGGUAAACAGAGAUUAAGGGAGCCCUUACUGCAACUCCAGGACUAUGUCAUCCUUCUAAUCACGGGGUUGGUCAUGGGUCUUCUGAACCCAGUGAAUGAGAAUACCUUGGGAGCGGAUAUCUACCCAAACACCAUGUUGGCUGUCAGGGGAGGAUGGGUUGAGUUGCGAGGGGAGCAAGAAGUCAGAAGGCAAGCAUGGGUGAUAGCCAAGGUCAAGGUAGAAGGGGGACUUGCGAGUGGAAGGGCAAACGGCGUUGUUGUAGGCAAUCUCGGCGGCGGUGAGCAGCUGAUCCCCAUCGUGAUUGUGGGGAUGACAAUACUUCCGCAAGAUUCUUUGGAGAGUAUCGUUCAUCUUCUCGAUCUGUCCGUCGGUUUGUGGAUGGAAUGCAGUGUUGUACCUGAGCGUGGUUCCGUAGGCAUUGAAGAGCUGUUUCCAGAAUUGGGAGAGAAAGUGGGGGUCACGAUCACUGAUGAUAUUCUCGGGGAGGUCGUGGUGUCUGGAGACAUGGUCGAAGAAGAGAAUGACAAUGUCUUUGGCGUUGUGCGAGGUGGUACAUGGGAUGAAGUCACGUUUGGUCAGGCGGCAAACAAUAACGUAGAUGCAGUCAUGCCCGAGGUCGGCUUUGACGUCAGCAAGGAGGGAAGGCCAAUGGAAAUAACGGGAGAUGGUAUCAAAGGUUUUCUGGAAACCAAGGUGGCCAGCGGUCUUGGCGUCGUGGUGCUUGGCCAAGAGCUGGGUGCGGAGGCCACGGGCGUCAGGGAUGCAGAGUCGGCGGGUGCCUUUGGUUUCACUGUAGAGAAGGUUGUCGUGGAGGGCGUAGCCGGAGACGGGGUCGAGGUCACGGAAUUUGUUGUAGAUGGUGGAGAAGUCGGGGCAAGAGAGAAUGGCGAGAACUUGGCGGAGAUGAUCAAGGUGGGACUCGAAGGUGGGGCUAAAAACAAGGAUGUCGUCGAGGUAGAUCACGACACAGACUUCGAGGAGGUCGCAGAAGAUGUGGUUCAUGGUGGAUUGGAAUGUGGUGGGGGCGUUGGUGAGACCGAAAGGCAUUACGAGAAACUCGUAGUGCCCGAAGCGGGAGCGGAAGGCGGUUUUGUGGGUGUCCUCCUCGCGGAUGCGAAUCUGGUGGAAGCCACUGCGAAGGUCGAUCUUGGUGAAGUAUUUGGCUCCACGGAGGCGAUCAAGAAGUUCAGAUAUCCGAGGAAGCGGAUACUUGUUCUUGAUCGUGAUCCGGUUCAAGGCGCGGUAGUCCGUGCACAUGCGGAGUUCCGAGGUGCCGUUCUUCUUGACGAAGAGACAGCUGGUACCGAAGGGGGAGGAGCUAGGCUUAAUGAAUCCUUUUUCAAGGAGUUCAUUGAGCUGGCGCUUCAUUUCUUCGGCCUCGGGGACGGAGAGCUGGUAUGGGGGGCGGCAAGGGGGGAAGUGGCCGGGCUCGAGAUCGAUGGUGUGGGAAACACCUCGGAGGGCGGAGAUCUGAGGGUCGGAGGGGGGGUCUUGGUCGGGUUUGUCCGUUGGAAGCAAGUCCUCGGGACGGUCGCGGUCAAUGACAAGGCAAUAGUAGGCGGAGUCGAGGUGCGCACGGGUCAUGUGAAGAAAUUGGUGAGGGGAGACGGGGGAAGGGGUGGAGGGAGGGAGAAGGUAGGGGAUGUCAAGGGGUGGAUCGGGAGGGAUGGAGAGGGGGAUGAAAGAGGGGUGGAAGGUAUAGGGCAUGUAGCGGUCGAGCCAAGGAGUCCCGAGUACGAUGUCGCACAUGAGGUGCAUGACAUCGAAGGAGACCUGACUGCGAAGAGGGCCGACAGUCAUUGUGGUAUCGGGGACGGAGGUUGCGGUGGGGAGCCAAUGAGCGAGGGGCAUGUUGUGGAGGUCGAAAGCAUUUUGGAUUUGAGAGAGGAAAAGGAGGACGUCCUUGUGGGGAAGGCCAGAGAACGUCGCGAUAUCGGUGGCGCAGAAGGAGCGGGGAAUGUCCCCGUUGCGAGCGACGAUGCAAGCGAGGUUGUUGAAGUUGCGGUUGUCAGGAGAGGUUUCGUAGCAGGUGUGAUCCUGACUGCGGUCACCAAGGAGGUAGCAAGAAGGAUGUUGGGGUAUGGCGGGGUAAACGCCCGGACUUGGGAUGACGACGACGGAGAUCUAGGCAGCGACGAAGACCAUGGCAACGGUGAAGGUCACGACAGCGGCAAGAUCACGGCGGCGGCGGUAGUCACGGCGGCGACGAAGGUCUUCGGCAACGACGAACAUCACGGCGGCGUCGAAGGUCACGGUGGCGAUGGGGGAGCGAACUGCUCCGAUACCAGUGUAGAUUCUGCCGUUGCCGUAACAAGCAACGAGGCACGAAAUUCUGCAAUUGUUGCAGCCCCAAGAUCAGAACCAGCGGGUGCUGGUCCCAACCACGUCGGUGCCUAUGUGGAUCGAAAGGCGGUGCAAAUACCGUCUAAGUAUGAUGGCAAAGAAGACGUUGAAUCCUGGAUCAGCUCCAUGAGGGCAUACUUUGAGGGACCUGAUGCUAAGAAAGUACAGGUUGGGGGUGGCUUGUUGACCAUGGCGGACUUGGAAGCCAUGAACAAGGAUGACUUCUCCACGAUCGGGGCGUUCGUGCAUGAGUUCAAGAAAAAGGCAAGGAAGGUGCACGGGAUUUCGGAGGAGGCGCAGUGCGCCACAUUUUUGGGGUUGCUUACGGACACAGAAGCCUCAGAGUUGACAAAGCAUGGGGAAGGGAGUGAGAAGCUCACCUGGGCAACCAUUGACAAAGGAGUGGAAGAAGGGAGCCAGGACCAGGUGGAGCAUCACCAGAUGCGGCUGCAGAGACGUAAGAGAAAGGAAAGGGACGCUUCCGCAUCCGGGACCCCAGGGGUGAAGAGGAUCGUCACGGAUGUGUUGGCGGCGUUGGGGUACGAUAACGAGGCGGAAGUGCAAAAAAGAGGAGUGAUCGUGGCCCAAGGCCGGGCGUCAGGGGCAGUAGAUGAAGAGGCUGGACGCGAAGACUACGGCGGAGAGGAGACGGGUUCCCAGGCACCUGGCCGAGCACCUCCUCGAAGGGAACCUGAGCCUGAGCGUAGGAAAGAGGUGGUGGAGGUUCAGGAGGAGGAAGAGGAAGGUGAUGACGAAGAGGAUGAGAGGCUCCGGCAGGAAGAGGACCGGCGAGCCGAGCAAAGGGCCAAAACGAGAGGAGUCCAAGAAGAGGCUGAGCCAAACCUGCGCGACGGCGUGCCAAAAAGGAAGAAGUACGCGGUCCGAAUGGAGGAGGGUUUUGAUGUGGAAAGGAUGGUGGAUCGGCUCUUGGAAGGUCAUAAUGACCUUAUGAACUUGAAGGAUAUCCUGGCCUCUGCCCCGAAGCUGCGCGACAGUUUGAAGGGCCGUCUCUCGCGGAGGUUGGUGCCCAAUGUCCAUCUGAGUACAAUCCUGCCGUGCGGGCUGGUGGAUCUGAAGGUGAGAGAUCAGCCAAGCAUUGCAAUGGUGGACAUGGGCGCCGAAAUGAAUAUUAUUCGGGAGCGAGACGCGACUAUGCUGGGUUUGGAGGUUGAUCACUCGGACCAUGGGGUGUUGCAUGGUGCCAACUGCAAGGCAAUUUUCUGCGGCACUGCGUCCAAUGUGAUGGUGGAAAUCGGGAGGGUGAGGGCUCGGACUUGCUUCUUUGUUAUACCCGACGUCGAUCACCCCAUCCUUUUGGGGAGGUCGUUCCUCUGCAGGACGGAGACUUUAGUCUUCAACAUGCAUGAGAGGACCAUGAUCUUGGCCUUGUCUGAUCCGGCCUGUGGGAACUAUGAGAUUAUCAAGUGCCGGAAUACGGGGCCAGGAAGUUGGAGGAAUAGGCCCAACCUCGGCUCCUUUACCUUCAAGGAGUCCGAGUAUGCGCGACGAAGACUCCGGGAGGAGCUCGAGGAGGAAGGAACGGCCAAGGUACUGUCGCUGAGCCUUAAUGAUGUGAACAAGGCAAUGAAGGUGGUGGCGGCGCAUGACAUGGCAGACCCCGAGGCGAUAAAGGCGCUAAGGGAACAGGUCUUGGAAAGCCCUCAAGUUCUGAGCCUGCUAGAGGAGCACAACCUGACGGCGAGUGGUCCCAAGUCGAAGCAUUGCAUGAGGGAGGCCACACUUCUAGGCUUUGUCUAUAAUGAGAAGGGGCGAAGGCCAGAUGUAAAGAAGACUGAUAAGAUCCUUGAGUGGUCAGUGUCGUUCCACUUCAUAACAGACGUAAGGAGUUUCCUAGGGACUUGUGGCUUCUGGAGGAGCUUCGUGAAGGACUUUGCCGCUAAGACAGAGCAUUUGAGAAAGUUGGUGCAUCAGGACCAGGAAUGGUUUUGGGGUGAAGAUCAGGAAAAGGCAGUGGAUGGGAUGAAGGGCGAAUUUAAGGAAGGAGGUUUGGUAUUGGGGGCGCCAAAUUAUGAGGCCACAGAGGAAAAUCCAUUCAUUGUCGAGACGGACGGACGCUGGGCCAACCGCUCUGGGAGGGGUCCUAAUUCAGGCAGACGCGGAGGGGAAGGAGAGGCCGCUAAGGCAGAAGGGUCGGGUGUGGUCGGCUAUGGUGGACGGGUGUGGGCGAUGGAGGAGGAAGAAGGGUCGAGGGUGGUCGGCUAUGGUGGACGGGUGUGGGUGAUGAAGGACGAGGGAGGGUUAAGGGUAGUCGGCUAUGGUGGACGGGUGUGGGUGAUGGAGGAGGAAGAAGGGUCGGGGGUGGUCAGCUAUGGUGGACGGGUGUGGGUGAUGAAGGACGAAGGAGGGUUGAGGGUGGUCGGUUAUGGUGGACGGGUGUGGGUGAUUGAGGAGGAAGAAGGGUUGGGGGUGGUCGGCUAUGGUGGACGGGUGUGGGUGAUGGAGGAGGAAGAAGGGUUGGGGGGGGUCGGCUAUGGUGGACGGGUGUGGGUGAUGGAGGAGGAAGAAGGGUUGGGGUGGUCGGCUAUGGUGGACGGGUAAGGAAGAAGGGCUGAGGAUGGUCGGCUAUGGUGGACGGGCGUGGGUGAUGGAGGAGGAAGAGGGUCGGGGGUGGCCGGCUAUGGCGGGCGGGUGUGGGUGAUGGAGGAGGAGGAAGGGUUGGGGGUGGCCGACUAUGGUGGACGGGUGUGGGUGAUGGAGGAGGAAGAAGGGUUGAGGGUGGUUGGCUAUGGUGGACGGGUGUGGGUGAUGGAGGAAGAAGAAGGGUUGGAGGUGGUCGGCUAUAGUGGACGGGUGUGGGUCAUGGAGGAGGAUGAAGGGUUAGAGGUGGUCGGCUAUGGUGGACGGGUGUGGGUGACGGAGGAGGAAGAAGGGUUGGGGGUGAUCGGCUAUGGUGGAUGGGUGUGGAUGAUGGAGGAGGAAGAAGGGUUGAGCGUGGUCGGCUAUGGUGGACGGGUGUGGGUGAUGGAGGAAGAAGAAGGGUUGGAGGUGGUCGGCUAUGGUGGACGGGUGUGGGUGAUGGAGGAGGAUGAAGGGUUGGAGGUGGUCGGCUAUGGUGGACAGGUGUGGGUGACGGAGGAGGAAGAGGGGUUGGAGGUGGUUAGUUAAACCACCAGUACUUGGGGCCGGCCUUAGCGUUAACGCUACGAAAAUUUCGCGGCCUGCGUGCCGUGGAUAAAUCGAAUCCACAGCC